GCUGGAAACUGUAUCCGGCGGCUCCUUUAAGAAUGAGGGAUCUGGGACUGAGUGACGCGGCAAUGAAAUCCAGUUGAUCCUUCGCUCGCUUUGCAGCGAAAAGUAUUUGUGCCACCGCAAAGUAGCUGGCGCUGGAGAUCCGUAGCGUUAGCGCUUUGUUCAGCGUUGCGCGUGAAUGUGGGAAAAGAAAAGACUCGCCACCUUUUAUCCUAUUUUGGACAUCUGUUACUCUUGUAAGUUGGGAUAACUUUUCAGCCUAAUAGAGUGGAGUGGCAGGAGAGCUGGGAACAUGGACUGGGGCACUGAGCUUUGGGACCAAUAUGACAUCAUUGAUAAACACACACAAUCUGGGCUGGACCUGGUGGAGAAAUAUGUGAAGUUUGUAAAGGAGCGAACAGAGAUCGAACAGAAUUACGCCAAGCAGCUAAGGAAUUUAUCUAAGAAAUACAGCCCUAAACGAGGGAGCAAAGAAGAGCAGGAAUGCAGGUUCUCCAAUCACCAGGCCUUUCUGGACAUCCUGAAUGAGGUGAACGACUAUGCGGGCCAGAGGGAGCUGAUCGCUGAGAACAUGAUGAUCAAUAUCUGCAUCGAGCUCACAAAGUACCUGCAAGAGCUCAAACAGGAGCGCAAGAUGCAUCUGUCAGAAGCCAAGAAAGCACAACAGUAUCUGGAGGGCACCUACAAGCAGCUUGACAAUAGUAAAAAGCGAUUUGAGAGGGAGUGGAGAGAAGCAGAGAAGGCUGCUCAAUAUGCAGAGAAAACAGAUCAGGACCUCAAUGCCACCAAAGCUGACGUGGAGAAGGCCAAACAGCAGGCUCAUAUGCGAACGCACAUAGCAGAGGAGUGUAAAAACGACUACGCUUCACAACUUCAAAAGUACAACAAAGAACAGAAUCAGUUCUACUUCACGGACAUGCCUCUUAGUUUCAAUAGGCUGCAGGACAUGGAUGAACGACGUAUCAAAAAGUUGGCGCAGGGUUACGUCCUGUUUGCAGACACGGAGCGUCACGUCAUGCCCAUCAUCGGGAAGUGUCUGGAGGGCAUAGCCAGAGCUGGCACGAAUGUCAACGAGAGGAAUGACUCUGUGGUUCUUAUAGAGCAACACAAGUCUGGCUUCGAGAGACCAGGAGAUCUGGAGUUCGAGGAUUACAGUCAGGGCAUAAACCGGGCCUCCUCGGACAGCAGCCUGGGCACUCCUAAAGGUCCUCUAGAGCUGCUGGGCAAGAACAAGAAUAAAACAUUCCGGUUGUUCAAUAAGAAGAGCAAGCUCCCCUCGUCUUCACUCAGUCCUUUCUCCACAACCCCCACCCCCUCGCCCGCUAACGGACCACCCUCCCCUAAGUUUGGCCGGGACCCCCUGUCGUACUGUUUGAUGGAAAUCAAUAAGACAGUCAAACCUCGAAUCUCUUCCUUCCGGACCCUCAAGAGAACGCCUGUGGACUCUGAGGGCUUCACCCAUCUUCCUCCUGAGCAGCGCAGGAAACGCUUGCAGCAGAAGAUAGAUGACAUCAGCAAGGAGCUGCAGAAGGAAAUUGAUCAGAGUGAGGCUCUGGGUAAAAUGAAAGAUGUCUAUGAAAAGAACCCUCAGAUGGGAGAUCCUGCCAGUCUGGCACCUCAGAUCACUCAGACGGCACAAAACAUGGAAAGACUGAGAGGAGAACUCAACAAAUAUGAGUCCUGGCUCGCAGAAGCAGGGGGCCGAGGAGACUCGAUACGAUACUCGACACACUCUCUGAACAAUAACGGUGCUCAUAACCCCAACAGUCCUGGAGCUAUCUCAGAUGACACUGACUCCUCCCAGGCCAUCUACACUGAAUUUGAUGACGAAUUUGAGGAAGAGGAACUCGCCGCACCUAUUGGUCAAUGCACAGCACUCUACAAUUUCCCAGGCUCCAGUGAGGGAACCAUCUCCAUGCAAGAAGGGGAGGUGCUGUUUGUAGUGGAGGAGGAUAAGGGCGACGGGUGGACGCGAGUGCGGAGGAACAACGGGGACGAAGGCUACAUCCCUACUUCUUAUGCUACCAUCACGCUUAAUAAAUGACCUCAUCCCCUUUCCACCCGCUGCAGCAGAGAUGCACUAUACCAAACACUAUGAGUAGCUUCAGAUUACCACUCAUUAUGUCCCAACAUGGCUUGCUGCUCCUCUUAGAGGGAUAAUUUAGGGGGGAAUCACUGCACAAUGGGCUAAUACACUCCUCCUCUAAGGAUGAAUGAGUAUCUCAGGGUGUGUAUUAUGUGAGUAAAUGAGGUAGAGAAGGUUUGAAUAAUUUUUCUCCUUAUUUUGCAUGGAAAACAGUGCAGCAGGGUGCCAUGUACACACAGCUAUUGCUCAACAGACACAUCAGUUCCUGUGGUGACUCUGUCUGAUGGUGACUUUUGAUAGCAGUCUAUCAUCAGAGCUGAGAUAUUUUGUCUGACCAUGAUCCACUCAACGUGUCCUUCACUAAGAUCUUCCAUCUGCAACUUGAUGAUGUGAUUCCACGUCUGGAGCAAAAAGCAUAACUAUCUGCGCUGGGAGAAAUCCAGCAGCGUUUUAACUUGAAGUAUUUGCUUUGAUGAUCUGAGUGGCCAAAAAUUACGUUUUACAGCAGUAAGUGUUACAUAUGCUUCCCUAAAUGUGCAGUAACAUGAAAUGUACAGUAACGAGUCAAUAAGACCUAAAGAUUUUGUGUAUAGAAAAUACUGAGCGCCCAAGUAAUAUUAAGUAACUCCGUUUUUUUUUUCUUUUUUCUUAAGACUGUUACACAAACACACAAAUUUAAAUACUGAGCAGUACAAAAUUAUGACAAUCAAAGUCUCAAAAUCUGCAGAAAAAAGCCACACUUCUCUAAGAAUAUGUAGUACAAUAAAUAGUUUGUUGAAAUUAAAGAAUAUAAUUUAUUGAGUAUAUAAAUAAGUGUUUGUAUAAUGAAUAAUCAAUCACAUUUAUAUAAGAGGUGACUGCACACAUUUGCUAUUUCAGAUAGAUCAACAAUGCACAGUGUACGCGCAACUAAGAAAAACUAUUUUAGGUGACAAAAGCUAAUUUAGGAGUUUCAUAUUUAAAUAUAUGAAAUAAUAUAUUUUAGGCAUCACAACACCACUAUUGUCUUAUUAGCUUUUUAUUCAUGAUGAAUAAAGAUUGUAUAGUUAAAAAUAGAUUUCUAAAUGCAAGGGUUCAAGCCUCUGUGUUCAGCAUUUGUUUUGUUUGUCUUUGAUUCAAUCCAAGGCAGAACUGUUCAUGUUUGGGUAAGUCAAGGUGCCUUCAACUUUGUGUAUGUACCAUACUCAGAAUUCACUAUUUUAUUGCCUUUAUAAAUGUCAAGCACAUUUCCAAGUUGA